CCUCGUUUUCCUCUUUCUCUCUCUUUAUCCCUCUCUGUUCCUCUCCCUCUUUCCUUCUGUCUCGCUCUCUUUCUCUCCCCCCCCACCCCUCUCUCUGCCUCUCUCUCACCGGUGUCCUGUUUCUUCACGGCUAAAGGGUUCUCCUGUCACCUGCUGUGCUGAUUGUUUGUGUUUGUGUGUGUGUGUGUCCGUGCGUGCGUGUGGGAUCAGUCGGCCUCUGUGAACGGUGUGCUCAAACCCCUCCCCUCCAUGCGGGAUUGAAGGGAACACAGGAAGAGCUUUGUUGUAGUAGUCAGCUCGAUCGCUGGGCUCCAGCCAAAGUGCUGCUUUCAGCAGCUCUUGCUCCGGAUGAAUGGAGGACGGCCAUCGCGCGCCGACUCUCACCGUCGUCCAGGCUGAUUGGGGGGCUGCCUGCGCACCCCUGCGUGGAUUCGGCAGCAUCGCGCGGGCAUGCGGCUCCGCGGCGGAAGGGGCGGAUGAGCCGCGUGUGCAUCGUGGUCCUGGAGGAGGAGGAGGAAGUGGAGCCCUCCUCCUUUCGCUCCAGAGAGCCUCCAGCACGCUCUCCCCAGCACGGUUCUGACGCAGACUCCGCACAAGCCAAGCCUUCACUCCUGAAAGCUAUUUUUAAUGUGGAUCCCGAUGAAGUCCGCUCCCUGAUAUUCAAGAAGGAAGAUGUCAAUGUACAGGACAACGAGAAGAGGACACCUCUGCACGCCGCCGCAUACCUGGGCGACUCGGAGAUCAUCGAGCUGCUGAUCAUGUCAGGAGCGAGAGUAAAUGCCAAAGAUAACAAGUGGCUGACUCCGCUGCACCGGGCCGUGGCAUCCUGCUGUGAGGAGGCCGUGAAGGUACUGUUGAAGCACUCAGCCGAUGUCAACGCACGGGACAAGAACUGGCAGACGCCACUGCACGUAGCUGCAGCCAACAAGGCAGUGCACUGCGCAGAGGAGUUGGUGCCGCAGCUCAGCAAUGUCAACGUGUCGGACCGCGCGGGCAGGACCGCCCUGCACCACGCCGCCUUCAGUGGCCACCUGGAGAUGGUGAAACUGCUACUUUCCAGAGGUGCCAACAUUAAUGCCUUUGACAAGAAGGAGCGCCGGGCGAUCCACUGGGCUGCCUAUAUGGGCCAUAUAGAGGUGGUGAAGCUCCUGGUGAAUCAUGGCGCCGAGGUGACCUGCAAGGACAAGAAGGCGUACACCCCCCUCCAUGCGGCCGCAUCCAGCGGCAUGAUCAGCGUGGUCAAGUUCCUGCUGGACCUGGGGGUGGAUAUCAAUGAGCCGAAUGCAUACGGCAACACGCCGCUCCACGUGGCCUGCUACAACGGGCAGGAUGUGGUCGUCAAUGAGCUCAUCGAUUCUGGGGCCAACGUCAACCAGGUGAACGAGAAGGGCUUUGCGCCGCUGCACUUCACAGCGGCCUCGCGACACGGGGCGCUCUGCCUGGAGCUGCUCGUCAGCAACGGCGCCGAUGUCAACAUCAAGAGUAAAGAUGGGAAGACUCCUCUGCACAUGACCGCCAUCCAUGGCCGGUUUUCCAGAUCCCAGGCCAUCAUUCAGAACGGGGCCGAGAUAGACUGUGAAGACAAGAACGGCAACUCGCCCCUGCACAUCGCGGCCCGCUAUGGCCACGAGCUGCUGCUCAACACGCUCAUCACCAAUGGGGCCGACGCUACCAAGCGUGGCAUCCACGGCAUGUUCCCGCUGCACCUGGCAGCUCUUAGUGGCUUCUCAGACUGCUGUCGCAAGCUCCUAUCAUCCGGCUUUGAUAUCGACACCCCCGAUGACUUCGGGAGGACCUGUUUACACGCGGCAGCAGCUGGAGGGAAUCUGGACUGUUUGAAUCUGCUCCUCAACACUGGGGCCGAUUUCAACAGGAAGGACAAAUUUGGAAGGACGCCCCUGCAUUACGCUGCAGCUAACUGUAACUACCAGUGCCUGUUCGCCCUGGUGGGCUCCGGCGCCGGCGUGAAUGAUGCCGACGAGCAAGGCCGCACCCCGCUGCAUUACGCCGCUGCCUCCGACGGCCACGCCAAGUGCCUGGAAUAUUUGCUGAGGAACGAUGCCAAUCCGGGGAUCCGCGACAAGCGGGGCUACAACGCCGUGCACUAUGCCUCCGCGCGCGGCCACCGCCUGUGCCUGGAGCUGAUCGCCAGCGAGACGCCCCUCGAUGUGCUGAUGGAGACCUCGGGGACGGAUGUUCUGAACGACUCUGACAACCGCGCCCCUGUCAGUCCCCUGCACUUAGCGGCGUAUCAUGGGCACCACCAAGCUCUGGAGGUUCUGGUUCAGUCCCUGCUAGACCUGGACGUCCGGAACAGCCAGGGCCGCACACCCCUGGACCUGGCCGCCUUCAAGGGCCACGUGGAGUGCGUGGAUGUGCUCAUCAACCAGGGAGCGUCCAUCCUGGUGAAGGACUUCACCCUGAAGCGCACGCCGAUCCACGCUGCAGCCAUGAACGGCCACUCGGAGUGCCUGCGCUUGCUGAUCGGGAACGCGGACCUGCAGACCGCUGUGGACAUCCAGGACGGAAAUGGCCAGACCCCGCUGAUGUUGUCCGUCCUCAGCGGCCACACAGACUGCGUAUACUCCCUGCUCAACAAGGGGGCCAACGUGGAGGCCAAAGACAAGUGGGGCAGGACCGCCCUGCACCGUGGGGCAGUCACCGGCCACGAGGAGUGUGUGGAGGCCCUACUACAGCACAAUGCCAGUUUCCUGGCUCGCGACUGCAGGGGGCGCACUCCCAUUCACCUGGCGGCAGCUUGCGGGCACAUCGGGGUGCUGGGGGGGCUCCUGCAGGCUGCCCAGUCUUUGGACUCCGUGCCCAUCAUCACAGACAACCGGGGCUACACACCCCUGCACUGGGCCUGUUAUAACGGCCACGACACGUGUGUGGAGGUGCUGCUGGAACAGGAGGUGUUUCAAAAGAUGGAAGGCAACUCAUUCAGCCCCCUGCACUGCGCUGUGAUCAAUGACAAUGAAGGAGCAGCGGAGAUGCUGAUCGACACACUGGGCCCCAGCAUCGUCAAUGCCACCGACACAAAGUGCAGGACGGCCCUGCACGCCGCCGCCUUCACGGACCACGUGGAGUGCCUGCAGCUGCUGCUGGGGCACGACGCCCAGGUGAACGCCGCAGACGCCUCGGGGAAAACGCCGCUCAUGAUGGCGGCAGAGAACGGGCAGACGAACGCCGUCGGUACGUUCGAACCCGCCCAUCGGGCCUGCAUUUUUACACCAGCAAAAUAAGUAACUCCAUUUACA